CGUACAAGUGUUGAAUUAUUCAUUAAAAGAAAUUCGUUUGGCAGAACGUUCUUCGCUUCUCUGUAGCAGAGUCGGCUGAGCUCAGAGAGGGAGCCAAUGGAGGAGCCAAAGGUUGUAACUUUGAGCACAGGCACUACGGAGCCUCCCAAGGACCGCCCCGUUCGAGUUUAUGCUGAUGGCAUCUACGAUCUCUUCCACUUUGGUCAUGCUCGUGCUCUUGAACAAGCCAAAAAACUGUUUCCAAAUACUUAUUUGCUUGUUGGGUGCAACAAUGACAAAGAUACUCACAAUUACAAGGGGAAAACUGUCAUGACUGAUAAGGAGCGCUAUGAGUCACUUCGCCACUGCAGGUGGGUUGAUGAAGUUAUCCCCGAUGCGCCCUGGGUGGUUACACAAGAGUUUCUUGACAAAUAUCAAAUUGACUAUGUGGCACAUGACUCUCUUCCGUAUGCUGAUGCAAGUGGUGCUGGGAAGGAUGUCUAUGAAUUUGUAAAGUCCAUUGGGAAAUUUAAGGAAACAAAACGGACUGAGGGGAUCUCUACAUCAGACAUUAUAAUGAGGAUUGUUAAAAACUACAACCAGUAUGUGAUGCGUAAUUUGGACCGGGGAUAUACGAGAAAGGAUUUAGGUGUUAGCUACGUUAAGGAAAAGCGGCUGAGAAUGAAUAGGGGGCUUAAAAAGUUGCAUGAGAAAGUUAAGAAACAGCAAGAAAAGGUAGGAGAGAAGAUUCAAGUUGUGGUGAAAAUAGCUGGAAUGCAUCGCAAUGAAUGGGUGGAGAAUGCUGAUCGAUUGGUUGCUGGAUUUCUUGAGAUGUUUGAAGAACGUUUCCAUAAAAUGGGAACAGCUAUUAGAGAUCGGAUCCAAGAGCGAUUAAGAGGGCAGCAGUUAAUUGGGUUCAUAUGUGACAGAGAAGAUGAAGAUGAUGCGUACUACUAUGAUGACACUGAUGAUGAAGAAGAAUAAUAUGGUGACCAAGGUGAAGCCUUUAGUAAUAUUUAUACAUGCAGUGCUAAUGGUUUGUUAGCAAUGUGUAUUAUACAGAAAGUAAAAUGUUUCAACAGAAAAUGUAACAAAACAUGCUGUAAGCUAAUCUAGUUUGUUUAUCAUAA